AUGGCUGAUUGGAAGAAAACUCUGGGCUUCACGGAUAGACUGACAGCCACCCAGUCCUUAACUUCAGCCUAUCAACGGGCCUCAUCCUCUGCAGCGUUUGCGGAAGCUCAAUCGCAAGCGAGGAGAUUCGAGAAUGAGGCUUACGAUAAAGCUACAUCUAAGGAAGAAUAUGAGCGCAUGAUACAGGAUGCUAUUGACGCUGCAGAAGCCACAGGCUCGGUAGCGCCGGUGAUCAGUAGUCCCGAUCAGUUGCGUGAUGACCCAGAAGAAUCAUGGACUGGAGGUGAAGACAUUGGCCAAUAUAGAUCAUGUCUGCCUCAUUUUGACGGGAUUCAUUCCACCAUCUAUAAGUCAAAACGGGAAGACGGGGCUCUGGUAGCAGUGAAAGUCACCAUACCACAUCUCAUGACAGCACCACACGACGCCGAACGUGAGGUUCGGCUUUUGAGAGAAGCUGCUAGUGCACAUAUGAUACCUCUCCUGGAGACAUUCAAGCUUUCUGGAGGACGACUCAUUCUCGUGUUCCCAUUUAUGAAGUAUAACUUUGAACAAUUGCUUCGUGGGGACAUGGUCACUGCUGGGCAGACCAGGUCUCAUUUGCGUGAUAUGUUCAGUGCUCUGUCUCAUCUCCAUACGUUGGGUAUCAUUCACCGAGAUAUAAAACCAUCAAACAUUCUCAUGAACUCUCCCGAAGGCCCUGCGUAUCUAGCAGACUUUGGAAUUGGAUGGAAAGAAGGAGACGCGGGGUCUGAACCCUUUGAUCAAAAGAUCACUGAUGUGGGAACUACCUGUUAUCGACCACCGGAGAUAUUGUUUGGAUUAAAAGAAUAUGGAACAACAUUCGAUCUCUGGGCAGCUGGCUGUGUUGUUGCGGAAGCUGUGGCCGUAGGUCAUAAACAACUGUUUGACUCGGGGCCUCUUGGAAGCGACCUGUCUCUGAUCCAAUCCAUCUUUCACGCUCUGGGGACUCCAGAUGAGCAUAUGUGGCCUGAAACCAAGAAACUUCCAGAUUGGGGUAAGGUGGAAUUUUAUAAAUUCCCCGCCAAGCCCUGGGAUGAAAUCCUCAAGGGAGCUUCUUCCAAAGGCCGUGAUUUGGUGAGCAAGCUGGUUUGCUAUGAGAGCAGUCAGAGGAUGUCGGCUGCAGAGGCCCUGAACCAUCCAUAUUUCUCUGCACCCUGA